ACCCGUCCAGGCAGAGGAUCUGGAAGGGUGGUGGGACAUGCUGCGACUCCAGAGUGAGAAUGUUGACAAGCGCUUUGAUAACUUGAAGCGAUGGAAAAAGAACAAUUGGCAGGACCCCGAUGCAGUUGAGGAAUCGAAAAUACCAGCCAAGCCUGUGGCCAAACCAAAGUCUAAGCUGGGCAACAAUUUAAACGCUAAGCCCAAGGUCAAGGCCAGCAGUAACUUGAUGCAAUUACUCCGCAAGGCCCAUGCUGAAAUGAAAAAGGCUAAGGCGGAUGUGGUAUCAGCGGACGAUGCCCCGCAAACUCCAUCUCGCAGCAGCACUCAGCGUGUGAUCGUAGUACGCGACCGUCGGUCCUUCUCUCCUGCUCGCACCGUCCUGCGUAUGUCUGUAGGCGAGAGCCGUUCUUCCAAUGGUGGCAACACUCUGCUCAAGUCUGCUAUAUUGGCCGCAGCCGAACAAAACGCUCUUAAUCAUACCCCCCUCCCAAUAAGGGACGCCAGUCGAUUCUGAAAAAACCAGGGACCAGCAAGCGUGAAAGUCGUGGAGUUAGAUCUCUGUUAGAUCUCACUAUAAAACGUAUAUCUCAGAAUUUCGCCCCACACCCU